GUCCAGUCUGGUGUUCACUUAAAGAACCCAGCUGGGAGUGGGACAGGACCAUCUGUCCUCUGCUCCUGGGGAGGUCACAGAGCACACUCACAGCACAGGUCCCCACGGGAGCAGCUGGAUGUGAGUACCACAUCUGUGCCAGUGUGAGAAGGCCUACCUCUCAGGAAACUCGGGUCUCAGAAACCCCACCAAGCGCAAGAGUCCCUCUGGGAGCUAAAUGGUUCUCCUAGGUGACCUGGACCCAGGAUUCUAGUCCCCAGGACGGGGUCUGAGUGCCUGCAGCAGCCUCGCCAGGCAGCUGUGACUUCGCUGCCUUGCUGAUGUGGCUCUGGGCUCUGCGGGUGUGGGGUGGCCCGGCAACUGGCUGGGAGCUGGUCUCACUGAUCCCUGUCAUCACAGAAGCCUGCACCAUGAGGCGGAGUGGCACGGCCCUGUCCUUCCUGUGGGCUGAGCGAGUCCGGGAGCCAGUGGAUUCUGGAGUGGCCCCUGUCAGCCCCCUAGGUGCGGGUGUGAUCCUGAGACGCUUCUCAGGGACUCUGCUGCUGCCUCCACUGUCCAGCCGCCUGGGGUCCUCUGGGGAGGCGGAGUCUGCUGCCCACGUGGUCUUCACGAUUGGAACUCAGGGGACACAGAGAAGCCUUGGCUCAGCUCAGAGCAGCUUUGACCUGGAAAAUGGGCUCCCGAGCAGCAAGGGUCUCCUAGACGCUCAGUCCGGGCCGAGUCUCGGCCGCGCCCUCCAGCCCCCUGUCCAUCAUGGCCAGCGGCGCGAGUCCUUCCUGUACCGUUCGGACAGCGACCAUGAGCCUUCACCCAAGGCUGUGUCCCGGACCUCUUCGGCGGCCAGUGACCUACAUGGAGAAGACAUGAUUGUCACACCCUUCGCCCAGGUCCUGGCCAGUCUCAGGACGGUCCGUAGCAACGUGGCUGCCCUUGCACAUGGCCCGGGCAGUGCCACCAGGCAGGCGCUCCUGGGGACUCCUCCGCACAGCAGCCAACAGGCAGCCCCAGCAGAGGACUCUGGGCUGCAGCUGGUGCAGGAGACGCUGGAGGAGCUGGACUGGUGCCUGGAGCAGCUGGAGACACUGCAGACUCGUCGCUCGGUUGGCGAGAUGGCCUCCAACAAGUUCAAGCGCAUGCUCAACCGCGAGUUGACUCACCUGUCGGAAACCAGCCGCUCAGGCAACCAGGUGUCGGAGUACAUCUCACAGACUUUCCUGGACCAGCAGGCUGAGGUGGAGUUGCCUAAGCCGCCCACGGAAGACGACCCAUGGCCCAUGGCCCGUAUCACUGGACUGCGUAGGUCCUCCCACACCAGCCUUCCCACAGCUGCCAUCCCACGCUUUGGGGUCCAGACAGAUCAGGAGGAGCAGCUGGCUAAGGAGCUUGAAGACACCAACAAAUGGGGACUUGAUGUGUUCAAAGUGGCUGAGCUGAGUGGGAACCGGCCUCUCACAGCUGUCCUAUUCAGCGUCCUCCAGGAACGGGACUUUCUCAAGACGUUCCAGAUCCCAGCGGACACACUGCUGACGUACUUGCUGACACUAGAGGGGCACUACCACUCUGACGUGGCGUACCACAACAGCAUGCACGCUGCUGAUGUGGUGCAGUCGGCGCAUGUGUUGCUGGGCACCCCAGCCCUGGAGGCUGUGUUCACGGACCUGGAAGUCUUGGCAGCUAUCUUUGCAUGUGCUAUACAUGACGUAGACCACCCGGGGGUCUCCAACCAGUUUCUCAUCAACACCAACUCCGAGCUGGCACUGAUGUACAAUGACUCAUCGGUGCUGGAGAACCAUCACCUCGCGGUAGGCUUCAAGCUCCUACAGGGGGAAAACUGCGACAUCUUCCGGAACCUCAGUACCAAACAGAGACUGAGUCUGCGCAGGAUGGUCAUAGACAUGGUGCUGGCCACAGAUAUGUCUAAGCACAUGAGCCUUCUGGCUGACCUCAAGACCAUGGUGGAGACGAAGAAGGUGACCAGCCUUGGUGUCCUGCUCUUGGACAACUACUCUGACCGCAUCCAGGUCCUCCAGAGCCUGGUGCACUGCGCCGACCUCAGCAACCCCGCCAAGCCGCUACCCCUCUACCGCCAGUGGACGGAGCGCAUCAUGGCUGAGUUCUUUCAGCAGGGCGACCGGGAGCGUGAGUCGGGUCUGGACAUCAGCCCCAUGUGCGACAAACACACAGCCUCGAUGGAGAAAUCCCAGGUGGGAUUCAUUGACUACAUCGCUCAGCCAUUGUGGGAGACAUGGGCUGACCUAGUGCACCCCGAUGCUCAGGAGCUGCUGGACACCUUGGAAGACAACAGAGAGUGGUAUCAGAGUAGGGUUCCCUGCAGCCCUCCACACUCCAUGGGCUCGGACAGGUUCAAGUUUGAGCUGACCCUGGAGGAGGCAGAGGAGGAAGAGGAGGAGGAUGAAGGGCAGUGCACAGCAUCGAACAGGGAGGAGUCCUCAGAGCUACCCAGCACUUAACUCCUGUCCUCCAAGGCCAGCCCAGAGCCCAGGGUCUGCUUUGUCCAACAAGAGUUGGGCUAGCCUAGUGUGGACCGUGGAGUCCUGGUCAGGCCAUGGGCACCCAUGGGCACUGAUGACACUCCACCAGUCAAAAGAGGGCAGCAAAGGUUUACACAGAAUCAAGCCUGAGGGAGACUGGGACCAGCUCUGCCCACAGGCUGGAAUGGCACCAGCCCUGGGCAGCGUCGACCCACACAUCUCAAAAGAUGUACCGAGACUCAGCUCCAGUGCGUACGUGGGCUACAGCAUACGCAGGACUCUGCAUUACAAUUUACUUGGUUUCUUUUUGGCGCUAAAGAUGGAACCAAAGUUGCCUUCCCCAGUCCAGCUACAGCCUUUACUGAGUCUCUCAGGGGAGCCCCGGUCAUAAAAUACAGGCGGGGGACUACCUCCUGCUGAGGUCUGGUGCCUCCUGACACCAUUGGCGGCACAAGACUCUUCUUAGAUACCGGGAGGCCGGUGACCCUCCUAGAAGACCGCUGCAGGCCUGUCUCCCAUCAGUGAGGACCCCCGUCCGA